GAGAGAAAAAGUGAGGGUUCAGCUCAGAACCGGAAGAGGGAGUGAGCAGCCUCCUUAACGGCCUUCCCGUCGCCGGAAGUGACGCGCCACUAGGAUGUGGCGAGCGGGAGGAGGGGUGCCGUCCCAACGAGCGGCAGUUAGAGCGUCGCUCGCCGCGCGGCAUGCCGGGAGAAAAUGGGCUAAGUGGGCGGCUGCGCGGGGCGGCGGGGCUGGGCUGAGGCGCUUCGGAGGGAGGAAGUGCGGGACGGAGUUGCCUUGACGGCCUCCGCCGCUCUCAGGCACCUCCUGCCCGGCUCGGCCAUGCCCAGCCCCACCGGCCCUCCAGAAGCCCUGAGGUGCAAAGGAUUCUGCUUAGAUAGCUGAACAAUGGAACCUGAGAUUAUCCGAAUGUACUCGUCAUCCCCGCCGCCUCUAGAUAAUGGAGCUGAUGAGGAGGAAGACGAGGAGUUUGGUGAUUUUGGUGGCUUUUCGGGUGACGGCAGCACUAGCGUAGGCUUUGACUUUGCAUCAGACUAUUCAAAUUCAAAGGAAGAACACAAAUCUCCAUACAACGCUGAUUUUUCGAGCAGCGUGGAUGGCAUUAUAGCCUUUACGACUGUUAGAUACGUUAACGAUGCGGACCGCGUUGCAGAACUUCCCAAUUCGAUGAAAGGGUUUCCUGACGGCCCUAGCAAAGAAAACUGUGAGUGUCGAAGUCUGGGCUCAUCGCUUGACGAAUUAAACUCAGUAGGGUUGAACAGAACUGAGAAGUCGGAGGCACCGCCCUCCGAAAUUAUUUGGACUGAUAGAAAAGCUCCCAGUCAAGACCAACAAAUAGACAGCUGUAACGGUGGGACACCUCAGUGUCCAGAAGUGCUAACGAAUGGGUUUGCAGCAUUGGACGCCGCAAAUCCUCCAGGGACAGAUAAUCCGGACAACACCAGUGACUCAAAAACGGCUCACGCUCAUAAUCCUUUGAAUUUAGAUUCUGCGCCCAGCGCGGUACAGGACUUUGCCGAUUUUGCCACGUUCUCAAACAAACCGACAACCCAGGUAGAAGAAACAGGAAAUAAAAUAUGCAAAAAUUCUAAAGGAUCAGAAAGCGUGCGGGAAAGCAAUACUAUAAAUAGCACUGAACAGAGGGAAUCUAUGAAGGAAGUGGCUUCAGAUAGAAGCCGUGAACAUGAAGGGGGGGCUUGCGUUGAAGGUGAACCGGUCUGCAUUUCAAAAACUAAUGUAGCGAUCCACGAAGGCUCCGAGGGUGAGCCGGAAAGUACAGCACUGGACAGUGUCCAUGUUUUCUCUUCCAUGCGAACAAAUGUGAAUCCAGGAGGCACGACAGAAGGUAUUGAAGGCAGAGAAAAGCAGGACGCCAGAAUUAGCCAAGAAAGUGACUUUUCUCAAACUGGUGGAACUGCAAGUCCACUAAACCUUAAUGUAAAUAGUGUUCAAGAUCUUAGCAGUUUUCCCGGAGAAGGGCAUUUUUCUGAAAUGGGGAAGAACAGUGAAAGUGAACAUAGACGGGCCUCAUCUAGUGACUUAAAUGAAGAUGACUUUGGCGACUUUGGCACAGUAAGUAGUAGGUCUCCUGCAUUUGCGGAUGGGGGUCAAGUUUUGGCGAGCCAUGAACAUUUUCAAAACCCUUUUGAAGAAAAAAACAACAAGCCGAGUAAUGAAUGUGGAGACCUCCUAGGUAGAAGUGGUGAAAAUCAGCCCUCGGUCAUGGUCGCGCCUUCGGAACCGGAUGAGAUUUCCCUCUCUGGGUUGGCAGAAUGCCAGAGAGCUGGUUCGGGUUCCGGCACCGAGGUCCGGCCUCCGGCAGAAGGGGAAAACGGGAGUGAUCGUGAGUUCGGAGACUUUGAUUCGGUAACGAAACGGGGCCCCGAUGCUGACGAGUUUUCCGACUUCAGCUCAGCUGGUUGUAACCAAGCGACCGAGUGGAACGCCUUUGCGUCUGAGCCAGAGGAGAGCUGUUCUUGGGCUGCUUUUGGAGACGAGCAGGUCGACGCAUCUCCUCCUAAGAAAGACACGUGGCUGGCACAUAGGACAGACGCAACAGCUGGCGCUGAUGACUCAGCACUGUGUAACACGGACAGUGUUUCUGUAACAUCUUUCCAAGGAAGUGGCAGCAGGCAACUGCAUGAAUUGCCACCUGCAACCCAGACAACGCUGUUGAGUCGUCUAGAACGAAUAUUCGAGGUCUGUUUUCCUGGGGUACCCGUUUCUGAAAUAGAAGAAGAGAUUACUCCUCUGAAUUUCUUACUAGAGGAUGGUAAUGCACCUGGACGGCCACAGGGGACCGUGGGAGAAAGAGAGCUGCUGGAUGUGUGGGCGGAGCUUCAGGACAUCCACGAUGCAUACGGUCUGCGCUACCAGUGGGGUGGUUCUCACAGCAACAAAAAGCUGCUCUGCUCCUUAGGAAUCGACACGAGAAACAUACUCUUCACAGGCAACAAGAAGCAACCUGUUAUAGUUCCCAUGUACGCAGCGGGAUUGGGUAUGUUAGAGCCUACGAAGGAACCUCUGAAACCCAUAUCUGCGGCAGAGAAAAUAGCUUCAAUAGGACAGACUCCCCCCGUCUCACCAGAGAUGAAUAUCUGUGCGGCUGAUCAGUUCCAGGAAUCUCUACCACCUGUCCAGUUUGACUGGAGUAGCAGUGGCCUUACUAACCCCUUAGAUGCUAGUGGAGGUUCCACUCUUCUGAAUCUUGAUUUCUUUGGGCCCGUGGAGGACAGUAGCUCUUGCUCCACCACCACCACCAUCCCAGGUGUGGAUCCAGAGCUGUACGAAUUGACAACGUCCAAGCUAGAAACAGCCAAUGCGACCAGCAAAGUGACUGAUGCAUUUGCAAAGCUCAUGUCCACCGUAGAGAAGGCGAGCGCAUCGGCCAGAAAGCCCAGAAAGGAAGAACGGCUCAGCGAAGAGGCCGCCCAGGUGAUUGCUAGCCUUCCUGACUUAACUUUCAUGCAUGCCAAGGUGUUGAUGUUCCCGGCCACGUUAACACCUUCAGCAAGUUGCCAAGACCAGGUAGACUAAGUGAGGAGGGGAUUUGGACCAUUUCUACUGAUUUGUGGUCCUCCCCGCCCCCCUUUCUGAGUCCUCUAAAAAGUAAUCUUUGCUUUCCUGAAAAAUUCGAGUUCAGCUGAUUUGUUGGUAAGCAGCACUAGAACGGUAUACAUAGAUAUGUAUAUUUAUUUACAUACUGGAGUCCUAAAUUUAUAUUAGAAAAAAAACCAAGUGUAAAUAACUGGGGAGGGUUGAAUCUUUUUUGAAGAUUUAUCCUUUUUUUGUGCUGGGGUGUAAACAUUUACGUCUUUGUGGAAUACACUGGUGGUGUCCUUCUUACAAAACUUUAUAAACAUUUUAAAAAAAUGAAAACUUCCAAUCGUUGCUCUCUGUGAAUUUCCCUGUCAAAUGUUUUCUUUUCAGAAUGCAUUGCAUUUCCCCCCCUUUUUAUGAAUACAUGUUUGCUAAAUGAGCCGAAAAAGGGUUAGGGUCUUUCAGUGGUUUUGUUUGAUCCAUCAAAUAAAAGGCUUUUUUUCUUGUGGGGUGGGAGGUUGAUUUUUUUUAAACAGUUUCCUGACUUCUGGAAGUAUGAAUUGAUCUUUGGCUCUCACGAGGUUUACUAUCCUGUUUAGCACUGCCUAAAUACUUGAUUUGGGGGAUCUGUUUUGUUAAAAUCUAUUUUGGUUUGGAAUGGAAGGACCAAAAAACUAUCUGAAUGUCUUACAAUGAAAUAUACCUGUUACAGUUUGGGUUCGUUCGGUUUUUUUUGUUUGUUUUUUUGUACCACUAUUCUUUCUGUUUGAUUUUUGCACAGUGUAAAUUGACAUAAUCAUAGACUGCUAUGGUUUAGGCUAUAUGUACAGUAAAACUAUGGGUUAUAAAUGUUUGGGGAAAUUCCUAUGGAAAAAAGAGAAUGCUAUGUAGAACAACCUCUGACAAGGUUUAUGUGCAUGCUCAAGGUUUUGUUUGUUUUUUUUGAAAUUUCAGUGUAUAAAUUUCCUCUUAGCUUACACAAAAUAAAAAAAUAAAAUUAUAUAUAGUCUGUUAA